UUAGUUACUUAAUCAGAGUUGCUUAGUGUAGUUAUGGCGAAAGUGUCAAAUUCAGUCUCAACAAUUUCAGUUCAACAAUUUCAGUUAUGCUAAAUACAAUCCGAACAUUUUAAUUUAUGGACUUAGUGGUUUAUAUAAUUUUUAAUUUCUAAUAAUAUUUCAAAAAAUACUUUAGUCUAGUGGGUAGUGUGUCCUUUUAAAUGAAUAUCAUAAUGAGUAUAAAAAAAAGAGUAUCAAAGCACGGGUUUGAGUCCUCGAAUGAACAUAUUUUUUAUAAAAAAAUUUAGAUCAAAACGAUAUUAUUUUAUCUUGUUAACUGUUGAGUAACUUAUGUUAAAAUCAAUGUAUUUAUACACGUUUUAAAAAAUUUAAAAAGUUUUUUUGAAUUAUAAUUGAAUUGAAAUUGUAUUUAACACUGAUUAUUUGUUCAGGUUGUAUCUGGCAUGCAUGAAAUUGUUCGGGUUAAAAUUGGAACUUUUUCUACAGUUGUAUGUGCAUUGAAUGGAUUCAUAUUAUCAUCUUAAGUUUUAUUUUCCGAGGGAAAAAGUUUUUUUUUUUCUUUUUUCGGUAAAAUGUUAAUAUUAUACCAUUUUUGAAUUUUUCACAAUAUUGCAAGCAACUUAUUACACGACAUGAAACAACAACAAACACAACAAAAACAAAAACAAAAACAAAAACAAAAACAAAAACAAAAACAAGUCGAAGAAAGAACCUCAAGGAGGCCGAUACGAGGCAAAAUACAGCUGAAGGAGCGAAGGGCCGGCUGGGGAUGGUGCUGGAACUGAAAGGAGCCGGUCACGAAGUAACAUGUCAAGCGCUAGAUGAAGAACACCCGACGAGGAAGACACUGAGGUGAAGAUACGCGAGUUCCUUUCUCUCCAGAUGAUAUAGAUGAUGGACUGAAAGAAAAGCUUGAGUAGGAUCACUUGAUUGCUGCAGAGUACUCGACAGAUAAAAGAAAGCAUUAUAAGUUGAUCAAAAAGAGAAACUAAUAUCAACUUCAGACAGAUAAAAGAAAGCAUUAUAAGUUUAUAACGGUCUAAAAGAUUGAAUGAGUGAUCUCAGUGGUCCUUGGGUUCUUUUCAGUAUUUCCUAAAAAACUUUUCAAAAAUAUUUUAUUUUCUCUUUUUUGAAAAAUAUUUUUGUUCUAAAAUAUUUUCCACAACAACCAAAUAAAACAUAAGAACUAAUUAUUUAAUGUUGUUGGAGUAGUACAUUGAAACGAUCUUUUAAGUUAGAAAAUGGGUUUUGUGAUGUAAUAACUUCUUCAUCACAAAUACAAAAAAAGUUAUCUUCAAGAAUCUACAAAAACUAAGACCACAAUAGAUGUUAAUUAUGAAGGGAAAAAAAGAGAGGUAAAUAUGUAAUUUAUGAUAUGUACAUGUUAUUUUAUACCAUAAGCUUUAUAGUUUCCACACAUUCAAAUCAAACAAAUAAUUAUUGAAAAAAACAAUGCUUAAUUUGUGUGCUUUGUGUUUUAACUCUGAAAUUAGAUUUUCAUCCCAAAAUAUAACCCUUCCUAAAUAUUAUCCAUCAGAUAAGAAACAAUGAAAAUAGAAAACUUUCUCAACCCAUUAAAUUAUUUAUUUUUUUUAGAAAAAAAACUUCCAAAUAUAACAUUUACUAAACAAAAGUAGGAAAAUAUAUCAUUUGUGUUACUUUUUCCUUGCACGAAAAGAAAAAAAAAAAGAAGAAGAAGGAGAAAGACAACAAUGUGGCUACCGAAAACAGAUGCGACAACCAAAGGAACAAGAAGUGGUUCAGUUGCUAUUGCAAUAGACAACGAUAAAACCAGCCAAAAUGCUCUUAAAUGGACAAUGGAGAAUCUUACUUCUCGUGGUCAAACUCUUGCUCUUAUUCAUGUCGUUCCCAAAUCUCAAUCUUCUUCAGACAUUGAAGAAGGAAUAACACAUAAGCAGCAGAUAGAGAAGGAAACAAAACAUCUCUUUGUAUCUUUCCACUGUUUUUGCAGCCGUAAGGAGAUUAAUUGUCUGGACGUUGUGCUUGAAGAUGUAGACAAAGUCAAAGCAAUUGUCGAAUACGUUACAGUUUCUGCGAUUGAGAACUUAGUACUUGGUGCCCCAUCAAGAAACAGCUUUAUGAGAAGAUUCAAAACGGAUUUACCAACGAGUGUAUCAAAGGCAGCUCCAGAUUUUUGCAAUGUCUACGUCAUUGCCAAAAGCAAAAUCUCUUCCCUGCGAAGCUCCUCUCGUCCUGCUCCUUACCAUCCAUCAGUUCUCAGCGAAUUUGACAAUCACGAAACCACUGAGAACAAACACAAAACACGUGAAGGUUUCAAUCUUGCUUGCGUCUCAAGUAACUCAACAUACAUUCUCUUACCUUGUUCAUUUUUUCUUGUUUCAACAGCUACCACACCAGCAUAUUCUAGGGGACGAAGAUCAGUUGAUUCAGAUGGUCCAAGAUCAGGGUUUGUGAAACCACCACAAGGACAUAUGAAACUAAUGGGGGACUUCUCAGAUUCAGAGUCAGAGUACUCAUUCAUAAAUGCUUCACAACAAGGUUCUGACAUCUCCUAUAUCAGCUCUGGGAGACCGAGUGUAGACCGGUCCUCUUUCACCUACGAUCUACCAGACUCGGCAAGAACCUCAAGAAUGUCAACUAGCUCAGAGCAGAGUAUUGGGUCAAAUAGGUUAGGAAUCAAGUUUACGGAUUUGGGUUUUCUCAAUAACGCUUCUACUGCUUCUGAAGAGAGUGGAAGAACCUCUUGCUCCUACUCGUCUCAAAGCUUGGGUGAUGUUGAAGCUCAAAUGAGGAGACUGCGUUUAGAGCUAAAGCAAACCAUGGAUAUGUAUAGCUCAGCUUGCAGAGAAGCUUUAACCGCAAGGAACGAGGCGACAGAGCUGCAAAGGCUGAGGUCAGAAGAGGAAAGAAGAAUGGAAGAACUAAAGAUGACAGAGGAGACAGCAAUGUCAAUGGUGGAGAAGGAGAGAGCAAAGGCCAGAACAGCCACAGAAGCUGCUGAAGCUGCGCACAGGCUUGCGGAAGCAGAAGCAAAGAGAAGACUAAACGCAGAGAUGAAGGCACUGAAAGAAAACGACUCUUUCCCACGACAUAGCAUCGUCAGGUACAGGAAAUACUCUGUUCAAGAAAUCGAAGAAGGAACUGGAAACUUCGCAGAGUCAAGAAAAGUUGGAGAAGGAGGGUAUGGUCCUGUGUUUAGAGGUCAUCUUGAUCACACAAGUGUUGCUGUUAAGGUUUUGCGUCCUGACGCUGCUCAAGGAAGAUCACAGUUUCACAAAGAGGUUGAAGUACUAAGUUGCAUAAGACAUCCAAACAUGGUCCUUCUCUUAGGAGCCUGUCCAGAAUACGGUAUCCUCGUCUACGAAUACAUGGCCAAAGGAAGCUUAGACGACCGCCUCUUCAGACGCGGAAACACUCCCGCCAUAUCAUGGCAACUGCGUUUCAGAAUCGCGGCCGAGAUCGCCACAGGUCUCCUCUUCCUACACCAGACCAAACCAGAACCAAUCGUCCACAGAGACUUGAAACCAGGAAACGUCCUCCUCGACCACAACUACGUCAGCAAGAUCAGCGACGUGGGGCUCGCGAGACUCGUCCCCGCGGUAGCAGAGAACGUGACGCAGUGCAGAGCCACGUCAGCUGCGGGCACGUUCUGUUACAUCGACCCUGAGUAUCAACAAACAGGAAUGUUGGGCGUGAAGUCUGAUGUUUAUUCGCUAGGGAUCAUGCUCUUGCAGCUUUUGACUGCGAAACAGCCGAUGGGUUUGGCUUAUUACGUGGAGCAAGCGGUUGAAGAAGGGAAGCUUAUAGAUAUGCUUGACCCUGCGGUACCGGAUUGGCCAUUGGAGGAAGCUAUGUCUCUUGCUAAGUUGUCGUUACAAUGUGCUGAGCUGAGAAGAAAAGAUAGGCCUGAUCUUGGUAAAGAAGUGAUGCCUGUGCUUAAUAGACUGAGAGAGAUGGGUGAAGAGAGUCUUGAAAGUGUGUAUUACGCUGGACAUGGACCCAUGUCACAUUCUAGCCAAGUCUCUUAUACAUCGGAAGGUAGGAGUGCUCCUUAUAUAUCCAAUGCAGGUUCUUCUAUAUCGAAUGAAGGAUCUACAAUGUCACACCCAUAGGUUUGAGCACAGACAAGGAAUCUGGAGAAAAAUAUCAGUAGAAGAAAACCAAGAGCAAUGUAUAUAUUCAGGAAGAGAGUUGUUUGUUUGAGCUUGAAGAAAAGAGGUGUUUGGGAGAGCCAA